AGUCGGAUGUAGACUUUUCCUCGCUCAGCGUUUCGCCGAAUCAGUGUAGUUUUUUCUGAAAAUCUAAUCAGAAAUACGUUCAACUGUGUGUUUGAGUUAUUUGUGAUUACAUUUUGAUUGACUCGAAUACAGUUCGUUUGCAUAACAACUAAUUUAGCCUUAGUUCUAUUCAUCGAUCACAUAUGACAAAAUAGUCGUUAAUUAAAUUAGUGUUGAUACGAAUUUUUCACAUAGCUUUUCCUUAAAAAUAUCAAGACCGCUUCUUGUUUCGUUGCAUCAUGCAUGCUGAAAAUCUUCUUCAGAUAUUCAAUCUGAAAACGUAUUAGAAACGAACGGUGUUAACAUCGUGUUCGAAAACUGUCAGAAGCAAUUACCAUUGGAUUAUACUUUGUGACCGGAUUUGCUAACUUUGGUUUAUAAGUUGAGAAAAUGUGUGCAUUAUCAUUCGUUACUUAGUUCACGUAAUCGAAAGAAAAAAGACCAUGGACAAACUACAUGACUAUCAAGGAUGGACGGGAAGGUUCCACGAAUUCAAAGAAGGACUGCGAGUAAAACAUGCCGCUUGGCGCGAGCAGAGAACGGGUGGAUUUACUCAGUAUAUCCGAGACAGCAUAAGAACGCCGAAUCAGCGGCAAGACAACAUCGACUCUAAUGCGCCUUGGGGAGAGAGCAAUGUGGAUUUUUCUCACAUAUAUCGGAAAAAAACUAGAAUGGAGCUCAUCCGGGUGUCUGCAGCCGUGAUGGGAAUUGAAUUUUCUUACGCAGCGGAAACUGCAUUUGUAUCACCCACUCUGCUGAAAAUCGGCGUCCAACAUCAACACAUGACCCUUGUUUGGUGUCUGUCACCGUUGGUUGGAUUCUUCUUAACACCAAUUCUAGGUUCUAUGAGUGAUCGUUGCAAAAGCAACUUUGGAAGACGAAGACCGUUUAUCAUAUUGCUAUCCAUAGGAGUAUUACUAGGUCUGCUACUUGUACCCAAUGGUGAAAUUUUGGGAUACGCAUUUGGUGAUGUGAAUCCAUACUCGAACGAAACCGACUUUUCAACACAAAGUGUACUUCCGCACAGGGCCACUGCCCAAGAAACAAACUAUCAAGAUGAUGAUACAUUGAAGACAUCCACAAGACCACCUCAUCCUUGGGGAAUACUUUUCACUAUACUUGGAACAGUAUUGUUAGACUUUGACGCAGAUGCGUGUCAAAGUCCGUCCAGAGCAUACUUGCUCGAUGUAACGAUCCCAGAAGAUCAUGCUAGAGGCUUAUCGACAUUUACAAUCAUGGCUGGGCUUGGUGGAUUCAUGGGAUAUUCCUUGGGUGGCAUUAACUGGGAUAAUACAGCUAUUGGAAAAGCUUUUGGAGGUCAUGUAAGAGCCGUGUUUUCUCUGAUUACAAUUAUAUUCAUACUAUGCGUAUUUUGUACUAUCGCGAGCUUCAGCGAGAUUCCACUAUGGAUAUUAGACGAAGAAAUACAAAGACAGGAUCCACCACCCGUCUGUAAGAUUACAAAAGCUAUGUCCGAACAAGAUGUUCUUGAGAAAAUUGAAACCGCAUCGUACGGAAGCAUCGAAGAAGAAAAAAUGCAUCACCACCAGAAUAAUCUGCGAAGGUACACGAUGCCGGCAUCAAGUGUAAACCGCGACUAUGAUGUGCUCCCUGGAAACAAUUGCGCUGAAACCUCAUUCACUAAGAACGAACCUACAGAGAACGUAGAUAUUACCGAUACUCUAUCUAAGAGCGAAGCAAUUACUCUGAAAACAUACCUAAAGUCUAUAAUAUUCAUGCCCCACUCGCUUCGGAUGGUUUGCUUAACUAACCUUUUUUGCUGGAUGGCACAUGUUUGCUAUUCGCUGUAUUUUACGGAUUUUGUAGGAGAAGCGGUAUUUGGAGGGAACCCAAAAGCGUUAGAUGGAACAGAAGAAUACAUAAACUAUGAAGAAGGUGUCCGGUUUGGCUGCUGGGGUAUGGCUAUGUACUCACUUUCUUGUGCUUGCUAUUCAUUGGUAAUCGAAAAGCUGAUCAAACGUUUUAAGGCCCGAAGGGUUUACGUAGGUGGAUUACUCUUUUACUCUUGUGGAAUGACGCUCAUGGCUCUAGCCAAACAUCGUGCUGGUGUCAUAAUAUUUAGCUGGACUGCAGGUGUAAUGUAUUCCACACUAUUCACAAUGCCAUAUUUGCUAGUGGCUCACUACCAUUCAGAGGGUAUUUUCGAAGUAGUCGCUGAAGGCGAUGUGAAGCAAGAGGCCACUGUCAGAGGGUUGGGAACCGACGUAGCUAUCGUAAGCAGCAUGGUAUUCCUAGCCCAAUUCAUACUGUCCAUUUGUAUGGGAUCAAUCGUUUCAUGGACUGGUACAACAACCGCUGUCGUCAGUGUAGCUGCAUUUUUGAGUUUUUGCGGUGCAAUAUCCGCAACUAAAAUUAUGUACCUUGACCUGUAG